AUGGCAAUCUAUCAUGGAAUGCAUCACCUUAAUCAUUUUCUUAACGAGUUUCAAAUAUUGAAUUCUCUUGGGGUGGUGUAUCAAAGAAACAUUGGUAUAAAUACAAAGAGUAAAUUAGUUCAUAAAGUUUAUCAUUUCUCUAGAAUUUGCAAAACUUUUCAUUUCUCUGUUCAAUUUUAUCAAAUUUCCAUUUCACAUUCUUCCUUAUUGUCAACAAAUACAACAAUUACUACCAAUACCUCAACUGCAACAUCAGUAUCAAUAACAAACUCAACAAGUUUAAAUUCAGUUGAUGGAAAUAGUAUUGGUUUUAGAGAUAUUAUUGGUAGUAGUAGUAAUAGUAGUGGCAGCAGCUCAAGUGGAACAACAAAUUUAAAUAAAAAUCCACCUGUUAAAUUUUAUGUCCAAUUUUGCAAAUUAUCCAAGAUCAAACUUGGUGACAUUGUAUAUGAUAAUAAUAAAAAUUUAUUCCCUUCCCAUUUUUCUUCUAAAUAA